GGGCCAGCGGCGGCGGUGGCGGUGCGGGGCGCGGGGAGCGGCGGGCGCCGCGGUCGGGGCGGGCGCGCGCGGCAGCAUGGAGGAGCUGAGCAGCGUCGGCGAGCAGGUCUUCGCCGCCGAGUGCAUCCUGAGCAAGCGGCUCCGCAAGGGCAAGCUGGAGUACCUGGUCAAGUGGCGCGGCUGGUCCUCCAAACACAACAGCUGGGAGCCAGAGGAGAAUAUCCUGGACCCAAGGCUGCUCCUGGCCUUCCAGAAGAAGGAGCAUGAGAAGGAGGUGCAGAGCCGGAAGAGAGGCAAGCGGCCCCGGGGCCGGCCGAGGAAGCACACAGUGGUGUCCUGUAGCCGGCACUCCAAACUCAAGGAGCCCGACGCUCCCUCCAAGUCCAGCAGCUCCUCGUCUUCGUCCACGUCUUCCUCCACCUCCUCUGACGAAGAAGACGACAGUGAUUUAGAUGCCAAGAGGGGUCCCCGGGGCCGUGAGACCCACCCGGUGCCUCAGAAGAAGGCCCAGAUCUUGGUGGCCAAGCCCGAGUUGAAGGAUCCCAUCCGGAAGAAGCGAGGCCGCAAGCCCCUGCCUCCGGAGCAGAAGGCGGCUCGAAGACCCGUGAGCCUGGCCAAGGCGCUGAAGGCCGCCCGGAAGGACCUGGGGGCGCCGGCCGUCAAGCUGCCCCCUCCGCUCAGUGCCCCCGCGGCUGGCCUGGCCGCUCUGAAGGCCCACGCCAAGGAGGCCUGUGGUGGCCCCAGCGCCAUGGCCACCCCGGAGAACCUGGCCAGCCUGAUGAAGGGCAUGGCCGGCAGCCCCAGCCGGGGUGGCAUCAGCUGGCAGAGCUCCAUCGUCCACUACAUGAACCGAAUGAGCCAGAGCCAGGCCCAGGCCGCCAGUAGACUGGCCCUCAAGGCCCAGACCGCUGGCAAGUGCGGCCUCGGGCUGGACCUCAAGGUGAGGAUGCAGAAGGGAGGGCUGGGGAUCGGCUCCCCAGGAAGCAAAGUCCCAAAGGCCCCCAGCAGUGGGGCCGUGGAGCAGAAAGGGGGGAGCGCUGGGGGGCCCCCCUAUGUCCACAGUAGCAGCAAGGGCCCUGCAGCGUGCCUGGGCCCCCAGCCCGCACCCACCCAGGAGCUGAGCCUCCAGGUCUUGGACUUACAGAGUGUCAAGAAUGGCACAGCAGGGGUGGGCAUGGUCGCCCGCCACGCCACAGCCAGCAAGGGUGUCCCUGCCACCAGCCCGGCCGCGGGGAAGAGCGUCGGGGGUGGCCCCGCCGGGGGGAGCGGGGCCGCCAUGCCCUCCGACGGCAGCAAGAGUGAGAAGCUGCCCUCCAGGGUGACGGCUCUGCCCACGUCCGCGGGCAAGAGGGACUGUGUGCGGGGCAGCGCGGCCCCCAGCAGUCAGGAGGGCCACACAGCCUCUGGGGAAGGACGCAAGGCAGCCUUGGCGGCCGAGCUGAGCGCCGGGGAGGAGAGCAGCUCCGACUCGGACCCGGGCUCGGCCUCGCCGCCCGGCGCCAAGCAGAACCCAUCCGUGUCUGUCCAGACCAGCCAGGACUGGAAGCCCACCCGCAGCCUCAUUGAGCACGUCUUCGUCACCGACGUCACUGCCAACCUCAUCACGGUCACAGUGAAGGAGUCCCCCACCAGCGUGGGCUUCUUCAGCCUGAGACAUUACUGAAGCCCCACCCAGCUCGGGCCCGCCCUUCUCUGGCCUCUGGUUUUGCUUCGAUAACACCCCUGCAGCCCCGGGCCCUUUCUGGGGUCGGGGUGGCCUCCUUCCAGGGCAGGCUUGGAGGGACUUGCCCCAGCCCUGCCUGUGAUUUCAGGCACGGGAGUACCGUGAUGCCUUGCCCUGGUCCCUACCUCGGGGCCUUCCCACGUGCCUCAGGAAGGCUGCCUCCCGCCUCCCGGGCCGAACGUUCCUCAAGCCGUCCCCUGUUUGCUGUUGGCACUGCCCGGCCUGUGACGACAGGGUGGGGGUCAGCUUUCCCCUGGGUUUCCGGGGGGGGGGGGCACAGCUGUUAGAGGAGGGAUCCGCUCGGUAGCUCCUGCCCGGUGGUGGGGAAGCGACAUGGACUGGGGUGGGGGCAAGGCCUCCGGGGACUGCUCCAGGGCUCAGCUAGGCUCAAGUUGGGCCAGGGGGCAGGUAAGGGACAUCACCCGCCAGGACCCCUGCAGAACGGUGCCUGACUGCCAAGGACCCUGCCCCGUGCCAACAGCUCAAGGCUGCAGCCUAAAUGUGGAACAGGUGUGGGCUGCAUCCCUUGGUGACCUGUAAUGCUGGUUCAGAAUAACAACUGCAGUGCCCUCCUGCUGGCCGGAGGUCAGCACGAACCAGGAGCAGGCUGGUCCCAGAGCUGUUUCACUAGAACCUCCUGUUUGCGGGCAGCAGGGGCAGAUGGGCGUCACUUUGGUUGCCCUCCCUUCUGCUGUUCUGUGCGAGGACAGCCGUGGCUCCACACGCUGCCUCCGAGGAGCCGUGGAAGGAGGGAGUGUGGGCAGUUGCUGGAGUUAGACGCACCCUCCACGGCCUGCUGGCUUCGGGCUUGGGACAGGUGUCCGGCAGCGGCCCCUCCGCCGCAGUGGGAGGGCACCGCCUUCCCUGACAAUCCCUCCCACCUUUGGGGAUUCCACAUGCUCCUUCCCCACUGUGAAGCUGUGUCCCCGGACCAUUUGGAAGCGGUGCACGAUCUGAGCAUUUCCCCUACCCCCGGCAGAGGGCCCCUGGAGAGGCUGGAUCUGCCAGCCUGACUGCCUGCACCCAGAUGGGCCGAGUCUGGGACAAGCCUCGUGCGGCUUAUGGCAGAAAGGUGGCUCAAGGAGUAGGGUCACCGGGUCUCUGGGAUGCCAAGAGAAAGUGGAGGUGCGGGGUCCUCAGCCGGCAGGUGCGAGCAUUCCCUCUGUCCUGUUGCCUUGAUCACAGGGGACCCCGGGCUCAUGUGGUGGGCUCAGCUUUCUAAGGGGCGGCCCUGCCAGACCUCCCGCUCCCUUGUCCCUCCCUGUCUGCGCCAAAUAGAAGAGACGGCUUGUGCUGUGAGUCUGUCUCAACAGUGUGCCUUUGGGGACAGGCCCGUGUCCGGGACCUUGCCAAGGGGUGUCUAUGUGCAGCUUCUGGUCUCCUGUGCGGUAGCCAUGCUGGGCCAUGGGGGGAGCAGUGCCCGUCUCGGCAGAUCGGAGGGCUGAGCUCCAGAGAUGGCGGCUGGAACCAGAGAGCGGGCAGGAGAGAGGAGACUUGCUCCCUGUGCAGUCUGGAAGAGAGGGAUCCCGGCAUUCUGGGCUACUGACACCAGUUUCCCCUCUGGUUCUUGGACACCCCAAUGCUCCCUGGCUGUAAAUAGAGGGGCUCCUCCAGGCUGCCUCCCCCUGGGGGAGGGGGCUGCUGGCCUCCAGGUUUUGCAACUCCCUUUCUGCCAGGCACCAUGCUGCCUUAGAGCCCCCAGAGCCAGGCCACCAGCUGCCCUCCAAGC